AUGGCGUCCUCUCUCGCCGCCCAGUUGGCGCAAAUCGCCGCCAACUCGAGGACAAGCCUAAACGCCAAGACCCUCAAGGCGACACACUCAAAAUCCUUGAUCUGGGAGCCCCGGGCGGCCGCCGGUCAGACCUUCGCCGAGAUCUACCAGGUGUGCCAUGAGGGAUUUGAGGAACUCUGCGGUCUGGACCCACGCUUUGCGCACUAUGGCGCGUUCCUCUUCAGCGAGCAGAGCCAGGAGGCCGACCGAACUCAGAUGAACGCCGAGGAUAAUGCUGCUUUGGACAAACGGGUCGACUCGUUUCUCCACCUCGUUGGAAGCCGGUUGCGCCUGAUGCCCGCAAUCAAGGCCGUUGAGUGGUUGAUCCGGAGGUUUAGGAUUCACGAGUUCAACACCGCAACGCUCAUUACGACCUUCUUGCCAUAUCACACCAUCCCGGCCUUCGUCACACUUCUUUCCAUUUUGCCCCCGAAGUUCCCCUUAGAGUACCGAUUUCUAGACCCUUAUAUUCGGUCUUUGACAGCACCUCCUCGGGCGGCGAUCGUACAGCAGGCUACGAACCGACCAGAGUUCUUGUCGAUUAUUUCCGAAUACACCCUAGAAUCAUGUCGGGCGAAACAAGAAUACCCAGCUCUUGUAUCGUUCUGGGGCGGUGUCAUGGCGGAGGCUGUCAACGGGAUGUUGGACAAAAUGCGCUCAGGCAGGAAGAACAUACAGUUGCAGAAUGACCACAUCCUCCUCCAGCAGAUUGGGCCGGUCUUGAGCGAGGCCAUGAUCAUGAAGGAGGUCCCAGGGGCGCAGAUAGCGAGCUACAUGAUAGUCGCAAUUCUAGGCGCAAAGGGCAGCCUCAAUGACUCCGCCCUCACGGCUUUCAUGGACCAGCUGGUUCACGGGUGGAGCGUCGACACACACCGCCCGGGUCUCGUUUGCCUGUGCAUCCUCGCACAGCACCGGUCGGCAAAGCAGGUUUCGGGCCGGGUUGCGAAAUCCCUUAUCAAGGUCCAGGAUCUGGUCCCGACAUUGGUAGAUAUCGGCCGCCAACACCGGGUCGACAAGCUGGCGAAUGGCCUUGCGCUUGCCUUUGUUGAUAGGUUGUCAAAGAAAGGCGACGUUAGGAGUCUUCCCGCCGUCAACUCACUCCUUCUGGCAAACUUGCUGCAGGACAAACAGAUCAAGGUUAUCUACAAGGCCUUGCUUCUGGCUGCUCAUAAGGUCAACGACACAGUUGAUCAAGACGGACAAAUUCGCAAGGAGAUCGGAUCGUGUCUGGUUGGGUUAUCUCAAGCCGGAGGAGAUACCGGAGAUGUUAUUAGGGCCGCCAUCGAGGAGAUCGACUUCAAUAUCGAAGAGCUUGAGCUUAAACUUGGGGCGGCAAUCCGACCGAGACUUGCGCUUGAGCAAGGCUUGGAUGCCGAGGAGGAGGCAAAUGGGGUGGAAUCCGUUGAAGAGAAGCCCAGUCUAGACUCGACACUUCAGGAACUGUCCAAGCUCAAGCCGACUACGGAUUCGUGCCUUUCACAGGGGCCGACGCCAUUGUUAAACGACCUUUGCGCGGUUUUCCUAUCCGCCGCAGCUGCCGACGGCGAUCUGGAGAAAUUCGAUGCUACUCCCGUACUCAGUCGGCCUGUGGCCACAAGCAAUCCGUUCUACCUCACUUUCUACAUGCGCAUCUGGUCCGGGCCAUUUCCCACACUGGCGAAGGUGGCAGCUCUAGAUCGGGUCAAGCUACGGCUCAAGGAAAGUGAUUCGGUUGACACGGAUUUCCAGGGGGUUCUUCCUUACUGCAUUGUUGCUCUGAGCGAUCCCGCGAAGAAGGUUCGCCGUGCUACCGCUGAUCUUGUUGCGGUUUUGGCCUCACUUCUGAAGGCACAGCCACGCCAGCUCUGGGCUAGCAAGGUUCUGUAUGGGAAAACCGGCGUGCCGAAUGCCCUUGACUCCGAGGUUCUCAAGUCCCUAGUUAGCUUGGUGCUUGUACCGUCCCUGGAAGAGUCCGUUAUCCACGAUGGGCACAUUCUUGCGGCCCUCGUCAGCGCUCUCGAGAGUUCAAAGGGCUCGUCUGGCAAAGACGGGGAAAAGCGUCAUCUCUCCCACGCUGCAAGACUCUCCAUAUUGAAGUUCCUUUGCGGGCACGCUACGGAGACUCCGAUCUUAGCGACGAAGCUGCGGUUACUUCGGUCGCUCAAUCAGAUACGGAGCAUUUCAGGCACCUCCCGCACCGAUCUUUUGCUCCCACUUCUGCAUUGGUGGGCGGCUCUCAGUCCCGAAGACGCCACUGCUCUGGCCACACAGGAAUCCGUUGACGAAGCUGCUGUGGAUGAUGCGGUUGUGGACAUUGUCAUUGCGAACCAUACCGCUGGCCUCAAGGCUUGCUUCCAGCUCAUCAAUGACCCUAAAACGACUCUUCGGCCUAGGUUAAUCCAGGCUAUCUUCAACCGCAUCACCAAGAUGUGGCCCGCGAUGAAGCCUGAUGUCAAGUCCUCCACGGCCCGGUCCAUGUUCAACAUUACCCAAACACCUUCACCAUCCGAGCAGAACCUCGUUAUUGCCGAGGCCGUGGACGUUUUGCGCAAGGUGGAUCUGACGAGCGAUAUCCUACUAGAAUUUAUUGAUUCACUGCAAGACGAGGUCAAGCUGGUUGCCGAAAAGCCAGCGAACAAGCGAAGACGGGUUAGCACCACGGAGCAAAGCCGUGCAGUCGCCUUACAGAGCAACCAAGAAGUCAAGACGGCACUGAACAAGACGACGUUUGUCUUGGAACUUGUGCAAGAGUCUGAGCCAGCGAACCACCCCGAGCUGCUGCCAAGUCUCUUCACCACCUUGUCAGAUCUUCAUAGUCUCGGCACUCUGAUCGGCUCGGAGCUGGGCUACCUUCAGAAUCUCGUGCUGAGCAGUCUCCUCGCCAUGAUCCCGGUGUACAGAGAUAACAAGGAUUUGUCCAUUGAUGCCUCCGUCGGGUAUGGUGAUGUAUUGGCCACCUGCAUUCAGAAAUCAUCUAGUCCAACCGUGAUCAACGCAGCACUCCUCUUAGUCGCGAGCCUCGCCCGGACCGCUCCCGAUGUUGUGCUACAAAGCGUCAUGCCUAUCUUCACCUUCAUGGGCAGCUCGGUGUUGAAGCAGGCCGACGACUACUCUGCUCAUGUUGUCAACCAAACGAUCAAGGAGGUCAUUCCGCCCCUGAUCGACACCUUCCGCAAGAGAGGGCGCAACGUGGUGGCCAGCACUAAGGAUCUCCUCGCUAGCUUCGUGACGGCAUAUGAACACAUCCCUUCGCACCGGAAGCACGACCUGUUCAUCUCUCUAGUCCAGAACCUCGGGGCCGAAGAUUUCCUCUUUUCCAUCCUAGCUAUGUUUGUUGACCGGUAUGCUGCGACCGACAACAUGAUAUUGUUCACGACUCAGAUGAUGAGCUCUUUCUCGGUUGAGAUUCAGUUGCAGACGCUCAUCCAGCUCUUGGAUUUAAUCAGCGACAUCUUCAAGCCGAAACCCACGUUGUCCAAGGUUCUGUUGGGUGGCGAUUCCGCCGGCGACCAUGACACACAAAAGGUCGCUGCGAAGCAACUAAACCUGCUUCCCCACCUGCUCUCUAAUAGGCGCUUGAAGCGCGAGAUUACGCAGUUGGCAGAAAGAGACGACAUGGAGACGGGCAAGAUCCGCGAUCUUUAUGCGUCCCUGCUAGAGAGGAUCCUGACGUUGGCGACCACAGUCAAGUGCAAGAAGGCCCUCCACAACCGCUGCGGUGACGCGCUCUCGAACCUGCUCAACCUUCUUUCCAUUGCCGAAUUCAUUAAGAGUGUUGAGGCCUUGCUCGACCGCCCCAACGUCGGGCUGCGACAGAAGGUUCUGCGGGCCCUCGAGCUGCGUGUCGACAGCGAGAACACCGGCGACCCAGAGUCGCGUGAAGCGCUGCUUGCUUUCCUACCGCAGUUGACCGCCGUUAUCCGUGAGUCGGACGACAUGAACUACAAGCACACCGCGGUGACUUGCGUGGACAAGAUCUCGGAGAAAUACGGCAAGAAGGAUCUCGACGCAGUGGCUGCGGCCGCCACGACCAUUGCGGGCGAUCACUGCCUCGGCCAGUCAUCUGAGAGCCUCCGGGUCAUGGCCUUGCUGUGCCUUGCGUCGCUUGUGGAUGUGUUGCAAGAUGGCAUCGUCCCAGUUCUACCUGUUGCUAUCCCUAAGGCGCUCGCAUAUCUGGAGCAGAGCCUGGUGGGCGAGACGCCGAACGCCGAACUGCACAACGCGGCGUAUGCGUUUAUGGCUGCGUUGGCGCAGCAUAUCCCGUACAUGAUUACCGGCUCGUAUCUCGACCGCCUUCUGGCUUGCUCCAACGCUUCGGCCGCUGUGGAGCUCGAUGAUGAGUCCAACGACAACCGGAUGCACUGCCUCCAGUUCCUGGCUAAGCUGGUGGAGCCCAAGGUCUUUUACAAUGCGCUCAACCAAAACUGGGCUUCCGCUUCUGGCCAUGGGGCUCUGGCUAUUGCCGAGUAUCUCUACGUGCUGGGACUAGCCCUCGAUAAGCAUUCCAAGGCGGUGGUGUCCAAGAACGUGACGGUGCUUUCCACCAUCCUUUUAAGCUUGUUAGACCUGAGAAGGACGGUGGCAUCAGGCCAGGCCCAAACCCCGAUUACCCUCUCCGAACUGGACGAAAUCGAGGCCCGCAUCGGCGACGAUGCGCUCAAGAUGAUCUACAAGCUCAACGACGCCGCCUUCCGGCCCGUCUUCUCCAAGCUAAUGGAGUGGGCCGCCAGCGGCCUGCCCAAGAGCGAUUCCUCCGGUCGUGCCCUCCGUCUUUUCGCCGUCUACGGAUUCCUCGACACUUUCUUCGGCAACCUCAAGUCCAUCGUCACCAGCUACGCUUCCUACAUCACAGACAGCGCCAUCGCCGUGCUGUCGUCAACCAACCUCCAAGACGCCGAUGCCAAGGCACUCUGGAAGCGCGUGCUGCGCACCCUCGCGCAGUGCUUUGAGCACGACCAGGACGGUUUCUGGCAGGCGCCGGCACACUUUGGUGUCGUAGCGCCCGUGCUAGUCGAGCAAUUCCUUCUACUUGGUAACACCGCAGCCGCUGCUACGCCCUCGGAAGAGGAAGAAACUCUGAUCGCGGCUGUGGUUGAACUAGCUGCUGCGGCGGACUCGCAGGAGCACCAUAAGGAGCUCAACGGGUCACUGCUUAAGCACCUGCGCAGCGGGCAGGCGGGAGUGCGAGUAGGUGUGGUCCGGUGCCAGCAGGCCCUGACGGUCCGGCUGGGAGAGGAGUGGUUGCAGGCGUUGCCGGAGAUGUUACCGUAUAUUAGUGAGUUGCAGGAUGAUGAUGAUGAGGUGGUGGAGAGGGAGAAUAGGCGGUGGAUUGUGGAGAUUGAGGAGAAGUUGGGCGAGAGUCUGGAUUCUAUGUUGCAAUAA